CAUUACCGUGUUUGAAAAGUCAGGUGGUAGCAACAUCUCGUUCGUAGUUAACAACAACAAAAGAGUAAUUCGCUUGUCUUUCCCCGUCUCCUUCCAAUUAUCCUUCCUUCAUUACGUGCAAAUUAUUUAUUUAUUUAAAUUAUCUUCUGUUGAAUAUGUUGUAUAAAAUAUUUUCCCUUUCUAUAGUGACAUUUUUAGAGAACAAAAAACAAAGUGGAGGAUUUUUAAUAAAGAAGACGUAAUUUACCUCACCGAUGUAAAAAUAAUCAACAACAAAAUCUAUCGAUGUAGAUUACCAUUAUAUUGGAAUUUAGUGCUAAAAAAUUGUAGAAUGGAGAACUCACAAUAUCUUCCAACAACUGUUCCAACAAUGAAAAGUGAUGAUGACUUUGAAAAUCAAAAUUCAAAUUUUUCUACCUCAAGCUCUUCAGGCAGUAAAUUCUCAGCUCUAACAGACCCCAAUAAAAAUGGUACAGUUCUCAUUGAACAAUUGCAGAAGAAAGUGGAAUUACUCGACCAAAAGUUAUUUGAUAUUCAAAAUUUAACUUUAUUAAAGGAGGAAGAAUUAAAUGAGCUGAGAUUCAGUCAUAACAGACGUUUGGAAAGGUUCCGAGCACUUAAGGAGAACUAUAACAGCUUAAAAGACCAGCUGAGGAAUAUUGAUGACACAAAUUCAGAAUGGAAUCUUGAGCAAGCAGUUCAUCAUGUUCAUAAGAGAGCAAGACCAAAGGACCUCCAGCAAGAAGACAGUGAUGCAGUUUGGAAUGAACUUGCAUAUUUCAAACUUCAAAAUAAGAAUUUGAUGUGGGAACGGUUGGAAAUGCAGGAGGAGCUAGACAGACUGCAAGUAAAGCACUCCCACGAUACAGCUUCACUUCUUGAAAUGAGGUUAACUCUACAACAUGAGCGAGAAGACUAUGAGCACCUUCUUCGGAUGAAAGAUGAUGGUAAGAAGACAGAGAUGGAAGCAGAAUUGAAACUUUUGAGAAGGGAGAGGAGUGCUAACCAAGCCAAAACAGAGAAACUAGAAAAAGAACUGAAGUCAUUCCAUGCUGUUAGAAAUUCCCUUUUGGCUGAAAGACGAUCCCUUAAAGCUGAAUUCACAAAACUGAAUGAGAUUAUUAGUAAACACCGCAUUGAUUCAGUCAACCUUAGACAUCAUAUAACUUUAUUAAAGCAGAGACUUCAUCAAGAAGUAAAUCAAGUUCAGAAACUUGAGCAACAACUAAGGGCUAGAGAAAAUGUCCAGAGCUCAUCAGAACAAAAACUGCCAAAUCAUGAUUCUGACUCCAAGCAAGUUGUGCCCGAAAAGCUCAAUGCAGACAACAAUGGAAAGGCUUCUAACAGUCCUCAUAGAUCACUUGGGUCAUCUCCAGCAUCUCCAAAAUCUCCAAACAAUAUCGUUGAGUCUUGGCCUCUUCAUACAUCACUGUCAGAGCCUUGUCUACCACAAAAAUUAUCUCUUAAUCAUUCAGGUAAUGGUUUAAACAAUGUUCCUGAAAUCUCUGAAUCAUCUUCAUCUGCCGGGAAUAUCAAAACGGUGGUGGUACAUAGCUACAUAAAGGGUGAUGCCAAAGCUCGAGGCGGAGUUUCACAGCUGAAGCAGCCUAAACUCAAACUGGGAAGCUGCAAUAUGAAAACCAAUGUUACACAGUGCAAAAGAAACUAUUCUGAACCUGGUGGAAAAGUUAUCAGAUCCAAACCUCAUGUGGCUAUACAAAAAGUGUAUUUGCGAGAUACCAGCACAUCACCAGUAUCAUUUACGACCAACAAAACAGGGUAUACCUUCAGACCAGGGAAUAGCAAUCGACGUUUGGGGAAAAAUGAAAAACCACGACUUUCAGAAUUACUCAAACAGAUAUCUCUGUUGAAGAAUUAUCGUCGUUCAGCCCUCAAAUCCACCAAUGAAAUGAAAGAGACCAUCCAGCAAUUGCAGACUGACCUAAUUUUAGCAAACCAGAAACUAAAAGUAUUACGUCAGCAUUCUCAGAAGAUACAAGGACUCUAUGAAAAACUCCAGACGGAAAAAUCAGCACUUGAUAAGGAAGUAAGAAACAGCCAAAUCUUAGAAGGAAAAUUUUGUAUUGAGGAUCUACAGAAAAAAGUAUCAAGCUUACAAGAAUGUAAGAAGGACUUGGAGAUAAAAUUAAAGAAUUAUUCCACUGAGAUGAUCAGACUAGCAUCUCUUAAUAAAGUCACACAAACUGACAAUGAAAAUACUCACAACCAAGUGAAGAGUCUUACUAGUCGCAUGAACUGGCUUGAACGAGAUAUUUCACAAAAGCGUCAUUUGAUUGAAGAACAAAGGGCAAAAAUGAAAGAGAUGCAGGAUAAUGCAAAAUCAAUCACAGACACCAUUAAUGUUUUAGAAGCAAAUUUAAAACAAGGAAAUAGCGUUUUUGAACAACAAAAACUAAAGAAUGAUUUUAUGCAUCAGAAACUGAUAGAAAUGACCAAAAAGAAAGAAGACUUUGAGAAGAAACACAAAAACCUGGUUCACAUUUUAGAGAAAAAGAAUCGGCAGUAUGAAUACACUUUACAGCAGCACGAGAAGAUGCAAGCUGCUGUAAGUGAAUUGGAAAAAUCCGCCCAGAAACAUAUUGUAGAGAUAGCAGCCCAGAGUGAAGCAGCAAUUACCAACACACAGAACAAACUAAUCGCAGCCCACUCAAAGAUCGAAUGGUUCCACAAGUUUGUCAAGAUAUUGAGCCAUGAACUUGUACAUCGUAUUUACCAAGUGCGAGAAACAUUAAACAAGUCACAGAUGGGCAAAAUACAGCAACAGUUACCUUCACACACAAGCAUGCAGGAGGCUAAGAAUCUAGCCAAGAAUAUUUUGAACAUAAGUGAUUUAGAAUUGAAUGAUAUUAUGAAAGGAGAUAAUUUAACUGCCAAAUUGCAAAAUGUAACUGAUAGUCAAUAUGCCAAGGACCAAAGAUGGGCGUCACUGUGUGAAGAAACCAUCAAGUCACGUGAUGAUUUUGUUAUUCCUCUAUUGGAUCUUUUCAUUAAGAAGUUAGAAGAAAAAGAUAGUUUAUUAUAUAGCUUAUAUUCAACAAAAUAUUAAAAUACAGACAAUUUUAUUUUUUAAAUAUAUUUAUUUAUAUAUAAAUGAUUAU